GCCGCGGCUCGCGCGGCGGCACGCGCCGCCCGGGCAUGCUCACCCUGCAGUUCCCCAUGGGGUCCCCGCUGCUCGUGCGCCUGUCGGUGCGCGGGCUCAACCUCACGGCCGUCAACAACGCCAUGGUCGCCACGCUCGAGGUCGUCCACCUCCACUCCGUCUUCCUCACCGACGCCGCGCUGCGCCGGAUGGUCGCCGCCUGUCCCCGCCUCCGGGACCUUGACCUCCGCUACUGCCGCCGCCUGCGCCGCGUCGACUUCACCAACGUCGGCGUGCCCAACCUCAGGAGCUUCACCGUCGUCGACUGCUCCCGUACCACCGAGCUGCGGGUCCCCGUGGCUCCCCGCCUCCGGUCCUUCCGCUUCAGCGGCGCCUUCCUCUCCAGCAACAUCCUAUCCGGCGCCAAGGCCUCUCUCGAGCAUCUCUACCUCUGCUCCGGCGGGCCAGAGACCGGCCUUCCAGUCACCAACUUGCCCUACGCAGUUCCUCGCCUGUCGAACCUCACUGUCCUCACCCUCUGCAGCAUUGCUCUCCAGUAUGUUUCUUCUUUCACAGCCAAGGAUGUAAUGGAGAGCAACCUACAUGGCUUGAGGGAGCUUCAUUUGCUCAUGUUCGGGAUGGCCAACUCCAACCUUGCUGACAUCUAUAGCUUCCUCAAGACCUGCCCGUGUCCUCAGUUAGAGCGCCUCUUUGUGCAGCUCCCGACAAACACCGGUGAUGCAUUCACGGAGAACUUCUUGAAGGUGGAGGAGGAGGACCCGCCAAAAGGUGGAUUAGAAAACCUUCGCUUAGCCAAGCUGACAAAUUUCAAGGGGCACCGUAAUGAGAUGCAGCUAGUAGCAUUUCUGCUUAGACAGUCUAGUAGUCUGAAGAAACUAUUUCUGAUUGCUCCCAAGGAGGAUCACCCUCAAGGACUGCGCAAGGUUCAUUCAGAUAUGCUGCCUGAUUUUCUUAAAAAAGAAAUAUCGCAUCUGGAAAGAGCUUCAGCAAAUACCCAGAUAUUUUUCGGCGAGCCUGAUGCUCAGACCCACCCGUUGCAUUCGGAGGUCUUUGUCAGGUUUUAGCUUGAAAUGAGCAAAAGCUGUUGUAGCCCAAUUCCUGCUCAUAUAGAUUUAGAUUUCUCGUUGUUAGAUAACGGACAUGGGGAAAAAAGUAUCUGCAAGGCAUACAGAGUUUGAUAUAUGUUUCCUCUUUUGCAAUUCAUAUUACUAAAGAAGUCCUGCAUAGCAGUUG